AUGUAUGGAGUGCACCACCCCUCCUUUCAACCAACCCCCUUUUCUAUAUGCCCCCUUUUGCUACCAUAUGCAUUUUUACGAUUACCAUCUACCACCAUGGGCCACGAUAUUGCUAAACGUGCGAUUGUAGUAACUUGCAAAGCUACUGGGCUUAGCACUGCUACUGUUUCAGAGCUAUCUGGCCUUUCGACACGCACCGUCAACCGCAUAUAUGAAAGAGCCCUUGCAAAUGGCUUUAACCCAAACUCGCGUCCUUGGAACAUUUCUGAUGCUAUGCUAGCUGACGCUCCUCGCUCCGGGAGGCCGAAAAAGCAGACGUUAGAUGUGCAAACUCAGGUGCUUUCGAAAGUGCAAACUGACGAGAACGGCCGCGGAAAAACCUGCGCUGAUAUUGCUGGAGAAAUGAGCCUCGAAGGACAUGACAUUUCCUCAACUACGGUCUGGCGGAUCCUGAAAAAGGCCGAAUCACAAAAAGCCCAAUCCCAAAAAGUCGAAUCACAAAAGGCGGCGUCCCCUGGAAGCCCAGUUUAA